AUUAGCUGACGGCAGGAUAUUUCCUCCCUAUAUCUUUGGAUUUGAGAGAUAUAGAUGGAGGGAGGGCUGAUUAUAAAAUCUGCCUCUCCUACCAGCUGUUCCUCUCAAAACUCUUGUCGCUCUCUUUCACCGGAUGCUCAGGAAGCUUCAGAUCCCCUGUCACCUUCUCCUGGGCCUCCCGCCAUGUGUGUGACAGCCGGACCCCCACCACCACCUCCUCCUCCUCCUCCUCCUCCUCCUCCUCCUCCUCCUCCUCCUCCUCCUCCUCCUCCUCCACCUCCUCCUCUUCCUCCUCCACCUCCUUCAUUUGGCUUUAAUAAUGUCCAGCGACGUUCCAUGAAAAAGCUGAACUGGGACACCAUUCCCAGCCAGCGCGUCAUGGGCAAACUGAACGUCUGGACGUCUAAGCGGCCUCAGAGGAACCUCGUGCUGGAUAUUCAGAGCAUGGAGGAGUUGUUCAGUCAUGUAGACAAACGGGCAUCACUGCGCAACUCAAUGGUCAUUGGUAUGAAUACGUGUGAUAGCUUGGACCUCUUUCCACAGGAACCUAAGGUCACAAUACUUGACUCUAAAAAGAGCAUGAAUAUUGCGAUCUUCCUAAGACAUUUCAAGAGGCCAGUGGCAGAAAUGGUGCAGGACAUUUGUCAAGCAAACUGGCUCAGAUUUGGAUCAGGCAAACUAAAAGAGCUUUGUAAACUACUGCCUGAAGAAAAGGAGGUGAAGCAGCUGCUGUCAUUCAGUGACCUCUCCGUGUUACCAGAGGCCGACCGCUUUAUGGUGCAGCUGGUCAAAGUGCCGGGCUAUGAGGAACGUCUGAAAACGAUGGUGCUGAGGGAGGAAUUCUUUCCUCUCAUGGACGAGGUGAAAAACUCUGUUGCUGUCAUGACAAAAGCAGCUAAUGAGCUGUUGGACUGUGAUGACCUCCACUCGGUCAUUCGGCUGGUAUUAAAAGCGGGGAAUUACAUGAACGCUGGUGGUUACAGUGCAAAUGCCAUUGGCUUCAGGAUGACCUCUCUGCUCAAUCUGGCAGACACCAAGGCCAACAAGCCAGGCAUGAACCUCAUGCACUAUGUUGCCAAGCAAGUCGAGGACAUCGAUGCCGAGUUGCUGACGUUCCACACCCAACUUGAACACAUCGGGAUGGGGGCAAGAGUUUGUAAAGAGGAAGUAAUCACAGACUUUGAGAGGGAACUCAAAAAGGUCAAGGAAGUGAAAUUGUACUGCAGCAGACAGCCUGGCCUCUUGCAACAAAUGGAGACAUUUCUCUUGAGGGCUGAGGCCAAGCUGGCAGAUGUGGAGUCGUCCAUUCAGGAGCUAAAGACUCUAAGCAAUGCGGUCGCCGAGUAUUUCUGUGAAGACCCGGCUACCUUCAAACUGGAGGAGUGCUGCUCCAUCUUCCAUUCAUUUUGCAAGCGGUUUGACACAGCUGUAAAGGAGAAUCAAGAGCGAGAUGCAGCCGACCAGAGGCGCAAGCGGACGGACAGUGUGCGUUUUGUAGCCAAGCGCCGCCCCACAGUGUCUUUCCCAGGACCCCCACCUGAUCGGGACUCAGGUUUAGAGUCGGCCUUACACAGCUUUCUCUCCUCCGCUCCAGAGGGAUUAGUCAGAUACAGAAAGAAAAUAUUGCCUCCGAUCGAAGGUUCUCCUGCUGAAUGCAGCUCCACUGUUCCAUCAGUAGAAAAAAAUGAGACUACGCCCCUGUACUAGACAAGAAAGACCCGAGAAGAAACAGCCCAAACUGCAGGAAGGAGACGGGAAAAUUAGUGACCUAGAAAACAAAGAAGAAGCUGAUAAAAUGCGUGAGAUAACCAGGAAAGUGCUUCGCUAUCAAAGCAGCAGAAGCAACCUCGAUGGGAGCAGAGAUUCAGACACUCCCCUACGGUCAGAGAGUCCACAGGACACACCAGAUACCCCUAGUACCCCUCAGCCUAGAACCAGAGACUUCUUCUUUUCCAACAACAACAAUGACGA